AUGUACUACAUCAGCAUCGCCAUCACUGCCAUUUAUGGAGUCAUCAUAGUCGUGGGACUAAUCGGUAACAUAACCCUCAUCAAGACAUUGUCUUCCUCUAAAUCCGUGCGGAAUGUCCCCAACCUCUUCAUGUCGAGUCUCGCGUUCGGGGACUUGGUCCUCCUGGUUACUUGCGCGCCGGUGGAUGCCAGUCGGUACCUCGCGGACGAGUGGCUCUUCGGGAGAGUUGGAUGUAAACUCAUACCAUUCAUCCAACUCACCUCCGUCGGAGUGUCUGUUUUUACCCUGACUGCGUUGUCUGCUGAUAGGUACAAGGCAAUCGUGAAGCCCAUGGACAUCCAGGCCUCCAACAGCCCGGCGAGGAUCGUCCUGCGGGCUGCAGUGAUCUGGCUCUUCUCCAUGACCCUGGCUGUCCCCGAGGCUGUCUUCUCAGACCUCCGCUCGUUCAGCAUCCACAGCACCAAUGAGACCUUCAUCACCUGCGCCCCCUAUCCCCACGAUGGUGAACUGCACCCCAAGAUCCACUCCAUGGCCUCCUUCCUCAUCUUCUAUGUCAUUCCUCUGUCGGUUAUAUCAGUCUAUUACCUGUUCAUCGCCAGGAGCCUGAUCAGGAGUGCCUAUAAUAUGCCGGUGGAGGGCAACGUGCACGUCAGAAGACAGAUAGAGUCCAGGAAGCGCCUUGCCAAGACUGUCCUGGUGUUCGUGGGCCUGUUCGCCGUGUGCUGGCUCCCCUGUCACGUGAUCUACCUCAACCGCUCCUACCACUACUCCGAAGUCGACACCUCCAUGGCCCACUUCAUCUUCACCGUGGGAGCCCGCAUCCUGGCCUUCACUAACUCCUGUGUCAACCCCUUCGCCCUCUACCUGCUCAGCAAGAGUUUCCAGAAGCGCUUCAACAAGCAGCUGUGUUGUUGUUGUCGAGCCCUGGUGAAGAGGUCCCAGAGCCAGAGGAACAGGAACAACACACACAUGACGUCCCUCAGGACCACCAACCACUCAGUGGCCAGUCUGAGCUUUAUUCAUGGAAAACACAUCUGUCAGGAGGACAGUGUGUGA